ACUAUAUCAACUUACACCGCACAUAUGCACAGACUGGUUUCCACAGAGGAAUAGCAAAAACAGGGGGUAUUUACCUGAAGAUGCUGGCCGAGACGGAUUUCUUGAGCUGCUCUUCACUAGCUGCUCAGGAGGACAUUGAUAUUCCUAUUUCCUCUAAUGUCAUAAGCAAUGCUCAAAGAGACGUCACCUACAGUUGUGGAUCCUGUGGAUAUGAAUUGAACCUGAACUCUUGCAACCGCAAUACUACAAUCAUUGGAUCAAAAUAUGGGAAAACUAUGAGGAGAGGGGUUCUCUCAUUUUUAUGCAUAGACGAGAGCAGAUUCACUCAGAUAAGUAAACUUAGAUGCUCACCUUAUUUUAGGUCAAAAAACUCGUGGGGUUUCUUUCAACGACGCACUAAACUAUUGUGUCGAAAAUGCAGAAGUUAUAUUGGUAUUGCUUAUAUAGAGAAUAAUAGUAAUACAUGCGAUGCCUCUCUACCUGGGAUUAUCAACGUCAAGUCAGAUGCAACAACACCUAAUUGGGACGGGUUGUCAGCUUGUAGAACUAAUUACGACAUCAAAAUAUGUGCGUUAAGGCCAUCUGUCGAGUCCGUUGCUUUUGUUUGAAGGAAGUCAUUAGACACCAGUAAAGUAAGAAAUGCUCCUUCUUGUAUCACACGUAUCCAAGAGUCAAUAUGUAUACGUGCCUACCUCAAGUUGAAGAACUCAUUGUAUAUUUUGAAGGAAGUCGCUAACUGCUGCCACCACCAAGUCCACAUUUAUCACCGGUGCCUAAGAAAAAUAGAGUCAGAUAUGUGUAUACGUGCCUACCUCAAGUUGAAGAACUCAUUGUAUAUUUUGAAGGAAGUCGCUAACUGCUGCCACCACCAAGUCCACAUUUAUCACCGGUGCCUAAGAAAAAUAGAGUCAGAUAUGUGCCUUAGGAACACUUGUCGAAGAAUCUGUUGUUAAAGGUAGUCGUCCUGCAACCAAAAGGGAAUGCUUGUUGUUGUGACCAAUCUCAUAAGAAAAGGACGACAGAGUCACUCUACUCUUAUACUUCUGGUUCUUCCUUAUGUAUGAUGAUUGAUAAAGCUUGUAGGUUGUAGCUCAAAAUGUAACUAAGAGUGUUUGUUCAAAAGUGUUGUACAAGCUUCAAAUGUAGUUGAAUUUAUAAUGCAAAAGUAAAAGAAAAUAA